CCUUGCCUCUGCCUCACACAUCUUGUCAUUCAAACUGACAAAUUUUCAUUGUGGCAGCAGAAGUCAGAGCGUGAAGUUCAGUUUACGUGUGAGAAAAAAUGUGGAAGGUAAAAAUAAAAACUGAGUCCACCGAGGAGGAGAGUACCGCUGUGCCACUCCAUUAUCAUUUCUGCAAGAGAGAGGACUGCAAUACCAAAAACUACGACGGAAUCUCGGCCAAGCUCAUAAGUGUAGGGACGCAAACCGAGGGUGUCCUACGAAAAACAAAGCGAAAUAAGGAGCCGGAGACACACUAUGUCGCUUGUGGACUAUGGCCAAAGCCGGAGGAACCGCCAGUGGUGAAGAAAAAUGCAGCCGAAGCCAGCGUUGAGCCGGUCGGUGACGGAGCCAGUCAGUCGCCGGACAAGUCCAUGGCUUCACUUGGCAUGCUGCUGCGCAGCGGCAAACGGGUGAAAAGUGAAGUCAUGUGGCCCAGUCUCGAUGGUCAAGUGGCCCACGCACCGUGUAUUCACGCGGCCAAUUUGGAAAAAGUGCCAAAAUCGUCGGUCAAGAUCCACAUUACGGGCCUAACUCCAAUUGUCACACUGGAGAUAGUCGGCCAGGCCUUUGGCUGGUUUGGGAAUAUUAAAUCGAUCGAAUUUCCGACCAACCGACACCCCAGCAAACCCCAGGGACGUGGCUACGCCUUUGUGCAGUACGUCUGCCCGAUGGACUGCACACUGGCCAUCGAGGAAAUGAACGGAAGAUCAUUCGGUGGCGGCAAGCUUGUGGUGAAGCCGAUCGAACCGAAAAAGAAUAGGCACCGUUCACGUUCCCCUCUGACUGGUCGCCAGCAAUCCCAUCGCAGUUCAAGCCAGCGUGCAGGCCGACCCUCCUUCUCCUCCUCCGGCAAUGCCAAUCAAGACACCCAGUAGGAAUCGCUGUCAUUCCACUCCAACCAUACUCCGAAUCGAUAUCCAGCAAUUUCCCAGCCAGUCACCAUUGCAUAGUGACCCCUCAAAAUGUACUCGAAGAAUGCGAAAACACACAAAAAACAGCCAUAAAACCGUACCCCUUAUGUACCCUUACUUGAAGGCCC